GGGCAGGGGGAACUGUCAUCUUACUCCUCCAGAGCGCGUCAAAAGCUGGAGAGCCUGCUGAACAAAAACAUGAGAAUCAGAAUGACUGAUGGACGGACACUGGUGGGACUGUUCCUGUGCACAGACAGAGACUGCAACGUCAUCCUGGGGUCCGCUCAGGAGUUCCUCAAAUCCUCAGGUAACUAAAGUACAUAUUAGGCCCAGCCCACAUACUCUAGUAAGCUCACUGUUCCUCACCCCAGUUCCUGCAGAGCAGUGGGUGCAGGGUUUUGUCCAAACCCAGCACUAACAAACCCGAUUCAGCUAGUGAAUGUAUUGUUUAGUUUAUUUGCUGUAAAAACCUUAUAGCUCUCCGGGACCGGGAGUGAACACUACUCUAGCUUCCCCACAUGAUAUGCAUAUUCUGCUUUGUAACAGUGUAACAUGGCCGUUAAUACACUGUGUACUGUGUACAUGUUCAUUUUUAAAAUGUAUUUUGUGUGUGUCUUACUUGUUCUGCAUCAGACUCCUUCUCCCAGGGUGAGCCCAGAGUGCUGGGGUUAGCCAUGAUUCCCGGUCACCACGUGGUCUCUAUCGAGGUGGAGUCAGACAGCCUGGCCGACACACAGGGGUUCGGGUCCAGCCACUGA